CUUCUCAGCCCACGCUGCACCGGAUGAAGCGCGACCGUGCGUCUAGCGAAGAAGAGGCGGAAGCAGGGAAAGCCGCUGUGGAGCGAAGAGCGGGCGGGAGAGGAGGACGAGCUUCAGAGCCAGCUGUAGACGGAUCUAACACUCCUGGACUUCGGGUGCACGAAUGGGGCCUCAACCCUUUGUUUUGGAUUUACGGCCCUGGAGCCACCCGGCGAGUGAGCGGAGGCAGAGGUGAAAGCGGCCCGAUUUCCAGAUCCUGCCAUCACGCGUCGUGCUCGCGGCUCGCGGGUUCCAAGCCUUAUUUCAUAGAGAGCUACGUGAAGCUGCUCAUAAGAGAUGUGCACGGGCUGGGAACCCUAGGGGGUAUCGACGACUCGCACGUGUUGCACGGCAACAAGGCCAUCCACCGAGUAGAGGUUUCGGGCGUGGUGGUGCACGUCAAGCCCGGUGCGACCAAGGCCUCCGGCAGCUUCGUGAAGUACAUACUCGACGACGGGACCGGGCUCAUGCCGUGUACGCAGUACGAGCGGCACGCCGGCACCGGGGCCACGCACCGCGGGCACUCCGAGAGGCACGAGCUGGGCGAGCUGCUGGUCGUGCAGGGAAAGCUCAAGCGCUACAGAGGGGCGCGAGAGGUGGCCAUCACCUCGGCAAGCAAGCCCACGGACCCCAACCAGGAGACCUUGCACUGGUUGCGCUGCGUCGAGCUCGGUGAAACGGUCUACCGCUCUCCGUUCCAGCGCGACGACUACAUCGACGAGGAGCUCGUGGCCGGAUCGAGCCAGGCCAGGCCAACGCAGUGCGGCUGCGGCGCCGCGUACGCGGAAGCCGUCGGGUACUGCCGCUGCGUGGCGGCGCCCCUGGCGCUCGACCCGGCCUUCGAGUUCCGAGACGCGCUGCUCGCCCGCCUGGCGGUCAAGGAAGAAAGCCUCGCGGGUCCCGACGAACACCUCCGCUUCCAGUUUGCGCGAGACGUGAGAGACGACCCUUCCCUGAAAACCGUUGCCGCCCGGGUCGUGGCAGCAGCAGCAGCAGCAGCAGCGCGGUCGGGUACUAGUGAGGGGCAGCGGCCGGCCAAGGCUGGGGCGGCGGCGGCGGCGGCACCGCAAGGGGUCAUGCAGCAGGCGAAGGUGCUCGAGCUCUUGAGGGCGGUCAUGUCCAGCCUGCACAGGGACGGCGCCCUGCACUUCCUGGACAGGGCCAGGGACGUCUACGUGCUCGUGUCUCGCGGUCGGGUGUUGCAGCCCGCGGUGGAGGAGGCGUGCCGCCGGCGGCGGCUGGGGUUGUCUCAGGAGAACGAGAUCAUCCGGGCCCUGCAGGGGUCGGCCCUGCUGCACCACGUGCCAGGGGCGCGCAUACGGGCGUGCGUGCACCUCAUGAAGCAGGCGGGUAGAUCGGCGCAGCAGCAGCAGCAGCAGCAGAAGCCGGGGAGCCCGUGAAACCCUGGUAGUUGCUUUGGUCCUUUUGGUCUGCUGCCUUGGUUGGAGUUCUUAUUUUAUUGGGAAGGAGGAUACGACGUCUUCAGAGCUAGUUUUGUAGGUCGUGCAGGAUGAUACGGGAGGGGCCGUAUACACUCUCAUCAUCAUGUUGCCUUCUGGAGAACAACGGGGUGCAAAUCUGCCGGUUGCAAGCACCAUGGCAUUUUUCUCUCGCUUCCUUUUAUUAUCCCAUCCAGUGCCUCCUCGCCUAGAGACUACACAGCAGAACGAGGGCUCUCCAAUUCCCAACCCUUGCGGAAUCCCUGCAUAACUAUGUAAGGAUUUUAUUACUUGCUGGCUCGCCGUGCUACACAACUAUGCCUGCACUCGUACCCGGCGUAGACUAGCGACAAGCUGUAUGCCAAGCAUCACGCUCCACCCAUCACUGACGGGGCGGCAUGUAUCCCCGCCCGCCCUUCCCAACAUUUGU